GUAUGACAGACAUUCAGGAAAAUCGCUUUGCAGAACAAUCUAGAAGCCUUUACAAAGACAAGAACAAAACAGAGAGGACUGCCGGAGAAAAUGAAUACAAAGCUUACACUCGCUGUUCUACUCGCAGUUUUUUGCAUAGUCUCUCAGGCUGUCCAGGUUAAGGAGGAAGACUUCACCUUCUCACUGGAGUCCGUGAAAAUGCUGAAAGAGCUGAUAGACGCCAUCGUCACCAGAAACCCCAGCCCACGGCUGGCGGACACCAUGACCAGAGCCGUCUGCGUCCACCCUGCCUUGCCUGAUGAAUUCAAACCCCUGUGUAGGAGCAAGAAGGCGAGCAUGUCAAUAUACCGACUUGGUGUCGUGGCACAAAAUUCGGACAUAUGCGAGAUCUGCGCAUUCGCCGCCUGCACCGGCUGCUGAGAUGCCCGUCCCCAGUUGGAAGCUGGUGGAAAAAAGCCGCACUGCGUGGAGACCAGUGACCCCCGGCAGACCUUAAAGCAUGCUGUCAUUGAUGACCUCAUCACUGAAAGCUUGUUAGCAACCAUAAAAUGGGAGGGGGUGCUGUUUGGUGGUUUCUUGGGGGAAUUUUGUGCAAAUCAAUAAAACAAAUUGCGAGAAGCUUUUUAUUUCACCUUGAUAAUAUAUAUUAUUUGUACAACAGUGCGAUGAUUGAAACAACUUUUUACUGACUUUGUUACUAUUAUAAAACUUAUUUUCCCUGUUUUUUUUAAGAACUGCUCUGUUUUUUUCUGUUUCAUAGGUUGUAAGUUGUCUGUUAUUACAUAUUUAAAAUAGAGUAGAGACUAUUUUUAUAGCUACUAGUGGUUUGUAUCUGUAAGUUGACAUUGUUUAUUCAUAUUUCAAGCAUUUAAUAAAAGACUUAAAACUCUUUUUAAAA